UGACGUAAUCUCUCCCGGGGCUUGAUAGUUGGCUGUUGCGGUAACGACACACACUCAGCGAGACGGAGAGAAAGAGGCUGGUUAGCUAGACGGUUACUGACACCCCCUGUUUAUUCGCUUUCAGCUUAUUACGCUUGUAAAACGAGUUAUCAGACUGGCUUUAAAGACAAGGCAUCUAUAAAAUAAAGCCACGUAUUUGGUGUUAUUCCUCACUUGGCUAACCAGCUGGCUAAUGUUAGCUGUUUCCUGGUUGGAGUUGCAGCCAUUUUGGAUUUUUACCGACAAACAAGUAGCCGGCCGUGGUUUUGGGAGCAGUGUCAGCUAGCCACAGCUCCCCUUUUCACAACGAAGCAGUGCUGCUCAUCAGACAGGGACAGAGACACAUUUCACAGCAGGGGACACACCGCACAACGAGUCAACAAUGAAUCCAGAAUAUGACUAUUUAUUCAAGCUGCUCCUGAUUGGUGACUCUGGUGUUGGAAAGUCUUGCCUUCUUCUCCGAUUUGCAGAUGACACAUACACAGAAAGUUACAUUAGCACUAUUGGUGUGGACUUCAAGAUACGAACCAUAGAACUAGAUGGAAAGACCAUUAAACUUCAGAUUUGGGAUACGGCGGGGCAGGAGAGGUUUCGCACUAUCACAUCCAGCUACUACAGAGGUGCUCAUGGUAUCAUUGUAGUGUACGAUGUCACAGACCAGGAGUCCUUCAACAAUGUCAAACAGUGGCUGCAGGAGAUUGAUCGCUAUGCCAGUGAAAAUGUCAACAAGCUAUUGGUUGGGAACAAGUGUGACCUGACGACAAAGAAGGUGGUUGAUUACACAACAGCAAAGGAGUUUGCAGACUCUCUGGGCAUCCCCUUUUUGGAAACCAGCGCAAAGAAUGCCACAAAUGUGGAGCAGGCCUUCAUGACCAUGGCUGCUGAAAUCAAGAAGAGGAUGGGCCCCGGGACCACAGCCGGAGGAGGCGGGAAGGCCAAUAUCGACCUGCCCCCCGGCACUACUGUCAAACCUUCAUCCGGAGGAUGCUGCUGAGAGAGAAACCACUUCCAUGUUGACCCCCCGCCCUCUUACUCUGCAGGCCUGUCAGCCUGGCCGUCAUCCCCCCCUCAAACUCAACCUUGUCCCAGCAAAGCCCCCCACCACAGCCAGACAGGACAGGGAAGACAUGAUACAUGUCUAUGUGAGAACAAGAUGAAGUUGCCCGUAUUUGUACUGUACAUAAUAUAGCCGCACUACCAAAAACAAAUAAAGCAUCCUUCUUGUCAUACUGUCCUAUUACUGAUGAAACAUUCUACAGAUAGGUGAUCAUUCAACCUGGCCUAUUGCCCCUCUCACAGACCUCUCAGAGACUACUCUUUUAUUUGACCCUCUGAAUGCAGGUUGAUGAGAACUCUGUGUGUGUGUGUGUGUGUGUGUGUGUGUGUGUGUUGUGUGUGAGAAUGUCUGUUUCUCUGCAUUCCUACAGCGGGGUUGGUAAAUGAAUCAGUUUGAUUAAGAUUUCUGUUUGUGUGGACCUUUUCUGUUUCUUUUUUUCCUUCAGCUGUUUGUAUCAGCAUGUGUCUGUCAGCUGUCAGUCUGUCUCCAUAUGAAGGUGUUUUUAUUUUUCUCUCCAGCCUCUGCACAGCAGUGUCUCACAGUCCAGCAUCUAAAGUCUAGUGCAAAUGUAUAUGUACAUAAACAUUAUGUAUAUAUUAUGUCAAAUCUGAUUUGCCAGUUCUGUAGUGUUCAAUACGUUAUUGGGAUAGUCUUGACUCUUUAUCUCUGCAUUAAAUUUGUGGCUGAAGACAACUGUAAGUUUGUUGCUCAACAUGUAACACUUCAACUUAAAAUAAAUAUUGUACUACCAGACUGUAUAAAAUGGGAGGACCUGUCUGCGAUUCUUGGUGAGAUGUGUAGAAAACCUGUUGGAAUUAUUUAUUCUACAUUCAUUUGGCAUAUCUACUGCCAGUUAAAUAGGGUCUGUUUGCAAAUUGCUGUGUAAUCUUAGUACAGAAUUGCAUAUAUAAAAUACAAUGUUCUCUUGUUUUCAUAAUAAAGGCAACUGAAUUCAGUUUGAAAGGAA